GUGUCCUGCGAGCGACGAUGCAGGAAGCGGGUGUCUGCUGGGAUGAGCAGCAGGUGGGCUCGGCGUACAUGGAGGAAUUUUCAGCGGCAAGUGCUUGCCUGAAAGGUCACCGGAGAUCGCUAUCGGUGGAGACGGCUGCCGGAGGUAGCAUCUGCCUCGCUUGCUUCGCCGCACUGGUAUCAGAUCCGCUCUCCCCCACUCACUACGUCUCUUACGCCCUUUCUCAACUCAACCUCUCCUUCGAUGACCCCGAUCUCCUCAUGGAGCUACGGGAACGCCACGCAUAUCUUCUUGUGGUUCCUCUAGUGGCCGCCCUCUCGGUGUUCGACGACGAGAUCGCUCGCCAGGUUAUGGAACUGAUCUACGAUUUCUGUUUUCGAGGUCAAAUGGGACGGUUAGGGUUGGGGGGAAGCGGAAGCGAAAGAUUCUCCGCCACUUCACUGUCAGGUGAUUUCAUUGCUCGGAUUGCGGAUCGGCUUUCGUCGGGGACAAUCGCGUGGAGCCGGCGGUAUAUCUGCUUGUUGCACUGCUUUGGGGAGCUCCUAAAUACUCACCAGGCAAGUAGCCCAGCAGUUCACAUCAGAGAGAAAGACGCCCUUUUCUCCAACCUGCUUAUUGGUCUCCAGCUCCCAAGCGAAGAAUUACGUGGGGAGGUGUUGUUUGUGCUUUAUAAGCUAUGCUCUCUCAGUAUCACACCAUGGGAGAAUGUUGAUGAUGACAAUGACGACUGUGCGGGGUCCUUGGACGCUAGGGCAGCAGCCUUGUUGCGGCUUGCAUUGGAAAUUCUGCUGAAAACCCAGCAUGAUGAAGUUCGCAUGAAUUGUUUGGGUAGAUCACAAACUUCUUCACUGGCUAUAGCUCAUGUUUUUACCAGCAUUGCCUUCUUUUAA